AAUUGCGACUUUGAUUAUCCAAGAUUCCAGUCCGGUUUGAUGGGCCGCACUCGACACACCCGGUAGAUCUCUAGAGCGGCGUUGGCAUGGCAACCACUGAUGGGUCGAUGCCAACCGUUGACGUUGACGCAGUCAAAAUGAGGGCCGUCCAGGUGAACUACCCGAAAAAGAAGCCGCGAAUCAACUUAGAGCAGCUGGGGGAGGUGAAAGAGCCGGAGCGCCGCUCCAUGUACCAAGUGAUGCUGCAGAACCUCAAGGCGGCCAAUCGGGCCACCUUCCUGCACCGCAUCAUCUACGUGGGCGAGCACCGAUUGGCCGGCUACGAGCCGGCCAAGGAGCUCUUCGCCGCCAUCAUCAGUCAAUGCAACGAAACGUACUGCAUCGAGCGCCUGACCGGCUUCCUGCUCUACUACAGCCGCCACUUCGUCCACAUGGUGGAGGGCGAUGAGGACAACGUGAACAAGCACCUGAGGCUGCUGU